AUGUUGCCGCCUCCUAUCGUCUUCGAUCUCAACGAUGUAAAACAAAAACUCUCCGUUCAAUUUCGUCCUUUGCAACGUUCUUUCCAGUUCUGGGUUCGAGCCAUUGAUAUCUACACCGGAUACAAGGUGUUUCAAUUGAGAGUCAAUUUCGAGAAGGAUGUGCUGAAACAAGAAGCAAUGUGGGAAAGACAGCACGAGCUUGCUGCUGAUAAGAUUUUCUCUAUGUGCUCUGACCUUGGUGGUUUCUUCCUCAAGAUUGCGCAAAUUGUAGGGAAACCGGAUUUGGCACCUGCUGCAUGGGUGAAAAGGCUUGUUACGCUCUGUGAUCAAGCUCCUGCAACCUCUUUUCAUACUGUUAAACUUGUGCUAGAGAAUGAGUUGGGACUGGGUAUUGAUGAGGUGUUUGAUAGGUUUGAUGUUGAGCCUCUUGGUUCCGCUUCAAUUGCUCAGGUUCAUAGAGCGAGACUGAAAGGUGACAAAGGUGAUGUUGUUGUCAAGGUUCAGCAUCCUGGAGUUCAGGAUCUGAUGAUGACAGAUAUCCGUAACUUGCAAGCUUUUGCUUUGUACAUGCAAAAAACAGAUAUCAAAUUUGAUCUAUAUUCGGUGACAAGAGAAAUGGAAAAACAGAUUGGAUAUGAAUUUGACUUCAUGAGGGAGGCCAGUGCAAUGGAAAGGAUUAGAAAGUUCUUGUAUAAAGUUAACAGAAGGACUCCUGUUUUGGUGCCAAGAGUAAUUCGAGAUAUGGUUACUAGAAGGGUCCUAGUUAUGGAGUAUAUUGACGGGGUUCCAAUAAUGAACCUUGGCGAUGAAAUAGCAAAGAGAGGCAUAAAUCCUCAUGGUAAGGUUGCAGCUGCCGCAAAGCAGAAAAUUCUUCAAAGCUUGACUCUAGCAUAUGGUCAAAUGAUUUUGAAAAGUGGGUUCUUCCAUGCAGAUCCCCAUCCAGGAAAUAUCCUGAUUUGUAAAGGGUCAGAGGUUGCCUUGCUAGAUUAUGGACAGGUGAAGGAUCUCCCAGAGCAAUUGAGGCUUGGUUAUGCUAAUCUCGUUCUUGCAAUUGCUGAUGGUGACUUAGUAAGAGCUUCUGCGAGCUUUAGGGAGCUUGGCAUAGAUACAUUAAGCAAAUGUGAAAAUGAGCAACAAGAAAUGUUUAAACUGGCAGAGACAAUGUUCGAUACAAAAUUACCGCCUGGUGUGAAAAUGUUGCAACCUUUUUCAGAUGAAUCUUCAAUUAAAAAAAUAGCUGUUCAGGCUUUCCCAGAAGAAUUGUUUUCUAUACUUCGGACAGUGCAUCUACUGAGGGGACUAAGUGUUGGACUUGGAAUCAAUUAUUCUUGUGCGGAACAGUGGAGACCCAUUGCUGAAGAAGCUUUGUCUCAAGCUGGUAGAUUUAAAGAUAAAAAUCUUCAGCACAGAGGUAGAUUUCAUGGUAUAUUAAAAACAUUAUUUUGGAGAGACUAA